AUGAGUUCGACUCUGCUGCAAGUGACGUUGGCGGUUGUCAUGUUCGUCACCACUGCCUUUGCCGGCUUCAUUCCACUGAAGCUGCUGCGAUUUCUGAACAAGAAGCACGGCGACAACAAGAAGUCCGGCAAAUGGCUGUCAUUGCUAUCCUGUUUUUCGGGAGGAGUGUUUAUGGGCACGUGUUUUCUAGACAUCGUGCCUCAUAUCAACGAGAACUACGAGGAUUUCAAGGUGUUAUCAGGAAUGGACAUCGAAUUUCCGUUGCCACAAUUCUGCACCUGCAUCGGUUUCUUUCUUGUUUACCUCAUCGAAGAAAUAUGCAUGAAGGUAUUCAGCAUGAAACACAACCAUGGCCAUGACAGUCAUGUGGAGAAGGCGAAAGCUGCUCCUAAUGUUCACAGAGACAGUCUUAAUCUUAGAAACCUGGUGAUGGAGGAGACUGCGAACUACGCGCUAGCAGAGGCAUCCGAAGGCUCGCUGCUGAAAUCGCUCACUUUCGCCAUUGCUAUGUCGUUCCACUCGAUACUCGAAGGGUUCGCGCUAGGAGUUCAGCUGAAAGCGGUAGUUACGACGAUUAUCAUCUACGCCAUGAUGACACCACUAGGAUCUGGAUUAGGAACACUGCUCCAGACUCCAUUACAUCACGUUCAGCUCUCCAACAUUAGUCGGCUUCAUAAGGAUGGUGCAGUUUUAACCCUGGAGUCGCUUGCCGCCGGAACGUUCAUCUACGUUACGUUUCUUGAGGUGUUAGCACAGGAAAAAGAUAACGAACACAACAGUCUUAAGCAGUUAUUGGCGAUCUUCAUCGGUUUCGCCGUAGUAGCAGCCUUACAAAUCGCUUUCGGUGGUCACAAUCAUGAAGGAGGUCAUAUGCAACGUUUUGCUAACGAUUCCUUAUCCACGGUGAUCCCUCACUAG